GGUUUUUUUAAAAACUAUUUCACCACUUUGAAACGUGGUCACAUGCUGCUACGCCUUUGUCAAAACGUGGUUCCUUCCUUCUUCCAACGAAAACAGAGUGAGAAGAAACCCUACCCAAAACGGCGCUGCAAUUCGGGAAGGACGAUGGAAGCUCAAUCAGAGAACAGAGCAGUUACUCGUGCCCGGGGGCGGGUGCGUAAACAGAGUGAGAAGAAGAAACCCCACCCAAAACGGCCCUACCUUGGGAGGGAAAAGAAGUUGGAAGUUCAACCGAUCGCUCCAUCAAAGAAUGGAGAACUGACUAUUGGAGAUAUUGCUCGUGCCCGGGGGCGGGAAGUUUUUCCGCUUCAUUUCCUUGUAGAAUGUGCCACCGGAUAUGCUCUUUUUCUUGCCCAUGGCAUUAAUGAUAUUGAUAUGAUUAAGUAUCAAGCAGAGGAGUACAUUAACCGUUCCGACACCCCUUUUGAGCUCAAAGCUUAUCUACCCUUUUCAUCUCUUAGUGAAGCUCUCCUUCAAAUGAAUGCUAUAUCCAACUCAAGUGUGACUGAGAUGCUAAUAAAGUUCAUCCAGAAGAAUUUUGAACCACCAUUCCAUCGCCAUGUACUUACAACUGCCGAUCCAUUUCUGGGAGUAAAAAUAGUAAAUAAUGUGGGUCUGAGUGACCAUACUUCUUUGCUGACCUUAAGUGUCAUGCGUGGUUUGCGGGAGAAAAUUGACAAACUCAUCGGGUUGCAGCCUGGAGAGUUGGACAAGGCCCAACGCCAACUGGCGCACCUUUACAAAGACCAAAAGCGCACUAUAUUGGACACCAAAAGUCCCGUCCCGGUUUCGUCAUCUUCUUUUCUACAAGAACAAGUCAUGGUUGUGCCACAUAGAUUCGAAGGAUUUUUCAACGCCAAGGGCAAAAAGAAUAUAUUGUGCACAAGAAAUCUAGUACCCGGGGAAGCUCUUUAUGGUGAAAAAUUAAUACAUGUUCAGAAUGAAGACGGAACUGAAGUCGAGUACAGAGUAUGCGAUCCGCGUAGAUCCAAGUUGGGUGCUGCAAUCCUGGGUGGUGUCACCAAUAUAUGGAUUAAACCCGGCUCUCGUGUUAUGUAUGUGGGAAAAGUAUGCGGAGUUACGGUUUCUGAUUUGUCAGAUAUUGUUGGCUUGCAGGAUGGUUUAGUUUAUGUUGUGGGCAACUCUGAUGAUGUUACACAUAUGGAGGGCAAGAGGCCAAAUGUUGUGACAAUCAUCGAGAACGAUUAUCAUUAUUGUCAUUACCGCAUGGUUCUCGGGAUGGUAGAUGCAGUCUUUGGGGAGAUUGAUCAUCCCCUUGGUGAAAUUUAUCGUCUUCCUACUAAGGUUUAUAGGGAUGGGCGUUUUAUAGUGAAUAAUGUUCAUUUUUAUCUUAAAACUGGUGGGCAUUACAUGAUUUGCACAAAGGCAGACAAUAUGAAUUCAAAAGGUCAUAUUAUUUUUUCCUCCGGCGAUAUAAACAGAGAAUUCAAGCUACUACAGACAGUCCCUCUUGAUUUAGUAGAGGGGGCAUAUUUCAUUGACAUUGGUGGUUACAGGAUGCAGCCUGAAUAGCUGUAUUUUUACUGUUUGGUUGUCUCUUUUUAUGAUCAACCUUUUUGUAUGUAGUCAUUUUUUGGGUUUGUCAUUCUUUGUAACAAAAAAUCAUGUAUAGUAUCAAGUUUCUUUUCAUUCUUUUCUUCUA